CGCUGGAUAAUUCUAGGCUGUAGUUCGCACCUGAGCCCUUGCAUUCAUGUCAACAAAUGUCUCAUUAUUUUCCCCCCAAAUAGCGCAAUUACGGUGUUAGUGAUUUUGAAAAAUGGUGACGAGAUAAUUGUGUUUCUGUGGGAGAGUGUUUUCAGGGUAGUGUAUCAAUCAUUACACACAGAACUGGUGUAUUAAUUGCGCGGGAAAAAUAAGGGGAGAAAUGUCUGGAUACCGAAGGGUAAACUAUUACGAGCUGUGCAGACUCUGCACAAGCAGCGAAGGAAAUAAAUUGAAUAUAUUCCGAGAGGAGGGACGUCGCAGACAGCUUCAGAGCAAGAUCCAAUCGUAUCUGCCAGUUCAGGUCUUGGAGGACGACUCGUUACCAAAGAUCGUGUGUCACGAGUGUGUGAGAAAAUUGGAGAGUUACAUUGAAUUUCGGGAGACUGUUGUCAGUGCUGAGGGCAUGCUGGAGUCGUACUUCACCUCGUUGAGGUUCUCGGAGGACUUCCUCAAGGAGGGGAAGGUCUACGUGAAGAGCACUGAGAAGGAGAGACCUGCUAGUCCUCAGGAUCCACUCAAGAUUGAUAAGAUCGAAGAGGACGAUAGUGAUCCACUUAUUAGCACUGAGCCUCAGGGACAGACGCAGCAGGUUGUUGUAGGGGGAUUGAAUGCAUCGAAUAUUCAGAUUAUCAGUGGAGUACAGGCUAGGGUCCAGCAGUACAAAUGUGCCAUGCAAAUGCAGCCUGGUGGUGUAGCAGCAGCUGUGGUCGAGGCGACUGCCGAGACCCAUUACACUUAUCAACAGCAAACUUCCCAGCAAUUGUCCUCGGAGAACUCACCCCAGGCUCGUCUCACCGAUGCUCAACCUCAGAUCCAAGUGCAGAAUCAAAUACAGAGUCAGAGUCAAAUGACUCUGCAGUCUCAGCGUUCUCAGCAGCUCCCAACCAAUACCAUAACCCAGAUUCAACAACUGCGAGAAUUUGAGAAACGCCAGUUGCACCUAGAGAAGGAUCAGAGCCAACCUCAGGUGGUUCACACCAACACAGUCCUCUUGAAGGCAUCAGAAGUCGAGCCAGAGCCAGAGCAACUGCCCUCGAAGGACACAGAGAAUCAAAAUCUCGAGUCUCCAGACGCCAGUGUUCAAAAUUACACAGCAGUCCAAGCAACUCCUGAAGUCUUCCUCAAUCUUAACUUCAAGGACGCCACGAUGAACCAGCAGACUCCUAGGGACGAUGUCAAGGAAUUUAAGGAUUUUAUAAAGACAGACGAUGCUAUAACUCGAAAUUCAAUUGGACAAAUAUCGGAGUUCCUGCGUAUACGUACCUGUCCAGAGACGAAUUCUUUGAUAACUGUAAAUCCUCAGGUGAUCUGUCAAACUGGGAGGAACGUGGAGUGUCGUGACUGUGGCAAGAGCUUCGAGUCGAUCAACCAGAUGAACAGCCACGAGUGCCCCAGCUCCCCCCUUAUAAACGAGGUCAAUGAGAUUGAAACCAAGGAGGAACCAUUGACAGCGAAUAGCACAACAAAUUCGUUCAGCUGCGAUGUCUGUGGUAAGCCCUUCAAAAGAAGAGAACACCUAUUCCAACACAGAAAAUUGCACACUGGAGAGAGGCCAUAUGUCUGCACAACUUGUGCCAAGGCUUUUAGUAGAAAAGAGCACUUGGUUCGUCACUCCGUCUCUCACACUGGACAGAAAAUGCACGAGUGCGAGAUGUGUGGCAAGAGUUUCUCGAGAAAGGAUAAUCUUCACAAGCACAGAAAGACUCACGGUGUCUCUGGACCGUACAUCUGCGAGACCUGUGGCAAAUCCUUCGUGGUGAAGCAUUAUUAUCUCAUGCAUCUCACCACUCAUGCACCUACCCAGGGGGAGGGAGAGAACUGUCCUGAUCCUCUUCCUUACAAGUGCGAUCUAUGUCACAAGGCUUUUUCGGUUAAGCAAUAUUUGACGACGCACAAGCUCAGACAUCGCUCGAAGAACAGUCAAGGGGCCCAGGGCAAUCAAAGCAAUCAGAGCAAUCAGAGCAGUCAGAGUAGUCAGAGCAGUCAGGCACCUGUCAGCACGACUAAUGGAAUUGUCACCAGCAGUGUCACUAGCACAACUAGUUUAGGGAAUAACAGUGGCCAGGAAUCCCAAGUGGUUGAGAUGCAGAGUGUUGGAGAGAGGGAGCAGGGGCAGCAGAACUUUGGGAGCAAUCAGUAUCAAGGGAAUGUUCAAGGGUUUCAAUGAGAUAAGGGUAAGCGUGUCUACUAUGUGCUCCUUCCCAAUGGCAAUAACCACAAGAUUGUUGUGGUUUAAGGGAGAAGUUGUAGGCACGCAUCUGCUGGACUGCAAUUACGAGAGCUCGGGAAUUUCCACGAAAUUGUUUAUCUGGAUCUGUCUCGGUUACGAAAUAUUUUUGAAAUGAUUGGAGAACAUUUUUGGAUUCUCCUUGGUGCUCGUAAAUGCAGUACAGUAUUUUAGUUUUAAUCAAUCUUCGGCCAACAUCACUUCUGUUUUCUUGCGAUGAACAUAUUGACCCCAAAUUUUGUACUUUAAUAACAUGGAGACAUACAGAUAAUCAAAAUGUUUUUCGUCACAUCGAAAACAAUAAUGCAAAAUAAACCCCUCAGUGCAAAAGUGUUUUACGUGAAUUCUUUGCAGUGCGCUUAAGAGACUGACAGACUUUAUAUAAUGGUGUAAAUAUUUUAUCAGAUGGAUGCUAAAGUAUUAUAAUUGCAGUUGCGGUGGGUAGAGGUAUGAAAUACAAUAGAAUCAUCUCGUAAGGAUGAGCGUAAUUAAAAUGGUGACAGAUGAUAUUCGUGCAAGAUGCAGUGAAAUGUACUAGUAGGUUUAUCGAGCAUUAAAGAUUGAACAUAUGAUGGGCGCAGCGUCGCCGUUAUCGACUAUUUUUUCAGAAAAAUCGGUAAUUCCACUAGAGUAUCUCAUAAGUAUUCAAUUUUAUUUAGAAAUUUUUGGUUGGGAGAUUGUGUAGUGAUUUAUGUCGUCGUAAAAAUUAGAGUCACAGAAUUUUCGCUGAAUUUAUCCGAUUUUCUUAGGUAUAUUUAUCAUGAUUACAUGACAAAUGAUGAGUUUUUAGGCGAUUUAACAAUGCGAAAUUGUGCAAUAAUUAAUCGCUGUGCGAUGAAUCUAAAUUCAACUAAUGUUCAGUUAUUUUCAAUAUUUUUCUCUUCUCUUCCUUUGUGAUUUUGAUAAUCAACUGUGGCUCUUCGAACUCAAAAAAAAAAUCAAUUUUAGAAAAGGGUGUUUUAUUGGUAACUAGUUAUAUGUAUGCGGUACAUACAUGUAUAUACAUGUAUAUGGACUAGAGUAGAUGAUUUAAGACCAAAGAAUACUAUAUUGUGUAAAGGAGGACGACGAGAGGGAGAUGAGGAGAAAAUUUAAACAACUGUAUGUGUAAUUCUUAUCAAUUAGGUUGAUAGAUUAUAUAUUAUAUAUUAUCAUAUAAGUGUGAUUGGAGUUAUGAGAUAUUACAAUUUCUGAAAGACUUGAUUAGAGAAUUAGUGAGUGCCAUUGACCAAAAUUACGACGGAGUAGGCAAAUUAAAGUGUACGGAUUGAAUUGCAUUUCAAUAAUCGCCAUGGAUAAUUUUAACUCAUCAGUUUGUGUUUUAUUUUGUAACUUGUAAUCGAACUUUCGGCUAAAUUAGAGGUUUUGCGUCAUUAUUGAGGGAUAGGUAAUAUGUUUAAUCCUUCGACGUCUGAAUAUCAAAUAAAAAGAAUCAUUGAGAGUGACCGGGAGUUUAUUAA